GGUAUGGCAAAGAAGAGAAGUUUCCCCUCCACAGAACGAAGAUCCACUGCCUAUGGAAUUCCAGCAACCAGAACAUGAUUACUGUUCAUCUCCCGUUCCGGCGGCAGUCGAUCUUUCUUUAGAUCGAACUGAAGAACUCCAAAAGGAGGUGGAGCGCUUGAAGAAGCAAGUGGAAGAGCUGUCUGUCCAUCACAGUUUUUGCUUGGGGCGUUUUGCUGCAUCUGACGAUGACAUACGGUUCUUUACUAGGUUUAUGACCUACAGUCAUCUCAUGGCGUUCUGGAGACUCAUUGAGCCUGCAACCAACAGAAUGGUUCGUGUGACAAGGGCAAAAGGAGCUACAAAAAGCGGUGAAGUUGGAGCAACAGGCAAUGCAUCUGGUCACUCCCUACCGCCCAUAGAUGAGUUUUUUCUCUUUAUGGUGCAUCUGUCCCUUGGUCUAACACAGAGGGAUCUGGCUCAAAGAUUUAAUAUUCACCAGUCCACCGUGAGUCGUAUUAUUACAACCUGGGCCAAUUUUCUUUAUUCCCUCCUUGGAUCAGUGCGCAUCUGGAUGUCUGAGGAGAUGGUCAAGGCUCACAUGCCAAAGGAGUUCCAGGAUUACCCAGAUACGCAAGUAAUCAUUGACUGCACAGAGCUCCGGUGUCAAACACCAUCCUCCCUGUUGCUUCAGAGUGAAGUCUUCUCCUCUUAUAAAUCCCACUGCACCUUCAAGGGGUUAAUUGGCAUGGCACCACACGGUGCAGUUACUUUUAUUUCAUCCCUGUAUGCAGGAUCUGUCAGCGACAAGGAGCUUUUGAAGCAGUCUGGAAUUGUGCCUCUACUGAAACCUAAUAUGGCUAUUAUGGUCGAUAAAGGUUUUCUGGUGGAUGACUGUGUGCCAUGCAAAGUCUACAGACCUGCUUUCCUGUCAAAAAGGGAACAGAUGUCGGCUGAUGAGGUAAGGAAGACGCAGUCCAUUGCUCGUCUGAGGGUCCACGUCGAGCGUCUCAUCCGCAGGGUGAAGCAACACAAACUAUUUGAUACUGUCAUCCCGCUUUCAAUCACAGGAAGCAUAAACCAGCUGUACACUGUUGCUUGCCUUCUUGUCAAUUACCAGAAUGGGCCCUUGGUAAAAGCAUGGGCAACGGAUUAA